UCUUCAUUUGAAAACUACUAACGUGUUGAGCAGUACUAUUCAAAACUAAUGUUUAUCUGAAAUUUACAGAGAUAAACAUCUAAAAACUGCCGCCACAGCCGAGAUCAUUUUCUCAGCGCGGGAAUUUAAUGGAUAUGAGAUACUAAAUUUGAUGACGUUUCUUUGAAAGCAUAGCAGUUAUGGAUCAAGAGUCAUGGCUGAGCUGUGAGAAGACAGCUGUGCUACAGGGAGGAUUCUUAUUGGCCAAUCAGAUAUGCCAACCUGAGCCACUGUCAUCUCUGAGGAAAGAGGACUGGGAUCAGAUUGGAUGUCCGAUUGUUAAAGCUGUCAAAGAGAUAUGCGGACAUUCGCUCAAAGACUCCAAAGACAGGCUCUACUGGAGAAAGAAGAUUCUCUGUAUUGUGUGGAGCAAGAUCCUAGAAGUGAGGAACAAAGAGGACAUCGAUAUCAGAUGGAAGGAAGACCCACUGUUUGCCGUACAGAACAGCCUUCCUGACAUUAAUCACAUUGUGCUGUUUGAGCUGGUAAAGUCGAUGAGCUUUCCUUCCAUCUAUGUGGAGCUGCUGUUGUGCUUUCAACCAGCCGAACAGUGCAAAGAGCUCAAGCUGAUGGUUGAUCACGUGACAAGCAGCAGCACAGAUGCCGACGUGAAGCUACUGUUGGAGGUGUGGUGGGAACUACUGAAGGGAAAGAGAGGAUGUCUUGAUGCCUUAGAUCAGCUCUUUACGGCUCAGUGUUCACGCUCCAUGACUGAGCCAUCACCACUGGCAUCAAAAAGAUUCAAACCUGACCCAGAAUCCACAUCUGUAUGUAUGGUGUACAUACUAUUUGAGGGGCUGAGGAAAAUAAAAGAGCAUUUGACUUCCUCUGAGUUGUGUAUUUUUGCCCUGUCAAACUGCAUGGACACACUGUAUACCAACUACCUUUUAAUCAGUGCUGCUGAUGUCUCCAUAGAAAAUCAACUCCAAAACAUCUCUCGCAUAGUGAGCCUUAAAAAGAGAAAUGAAGUAAAGGAUGGUUUUGACUUGAUUGAGGUCAUACGUGAGGCUCGGAGAGACCUCGCUGCCGCUGUCACUCCUGCUGAGACCAAGCCAUGUGGAAUGACAUUCAUCCAGGCCAUGCAGGUCACACUUGAGAUUAUAUGCUCCUGGGAGGUUAUGGGGCUUCUGAAGAUGCCCAGCAAUGACCCAAGUGCCAUGACGAUCCGUCUGAAAGAUAGCCUGGGUAGAGUUCUGCCGUCUUUGGAGCAACCAUCGCUUGCUAAAGACCUGGUUGGAAAUGGACAGACUUUGAAUAAUUUGAGAGUAACUUUGAAAGGUUUACUGGCGUCUUUAUCAUUCACUGUUCCUGAAUGUUCUGCAGCAGAAGUAGCAAAUAUUUCUAUGACCAUCUUAGACCAUCAUCUUGAGGGGUUUGAAGGCCUUCCUGGAUUGUUUGUCUCCAAACUAAGUCAAGAUUUCAGUGAGGAGGAGUGGAUUCAGUGCCUAGAGAGAAAUGCAUGUGUGUUUCAAACCAAAGAUCUCUUGAUGAUGUUGAUCUCCACCCUUACAGCUAAAUGUCAAAGUGACGCUGAUGUUCAGCACUGCAAAAAGCUCAAGGAUAUUAUUGUAGACAUAUUUUCCCACUUGUCCUUACCUGACAAAAAUGCUACAGUUUCAGAAUUGCUGUCCAUCUCCAGAAAAGGUCUUCAUGGAUUUCUUCCCAGUUCGGUAACUGUAGGCUUCUCUGAGGAGCUCAAUCUGGCCUUCAACAGCAUCAUUCAGACUGGUGCAAAUAGCAGCCUUGAUGCAGCAGUCUCUGCUGUGGCCCGAGUGGCUUUCCAGAACCCCGAAGCCACUUUGCGGAGAUGCUGCCACAUGGCUGUUGUUAACCUUGGAGCUCACACUCUGAUAGCCAAGAUUCUCCUGCAGCUCUCAGCUCUCAUGUCCUCACCAGGAGUUCAAAAUGACAACUUGCUGUGUAGAUGCCUGCAGGACACAGUAUGGACCAAGCUGUCCUCACUUCAAGAAGAGAACCAGUUUCUACAAUUCUUGACUGAGCUGAUGAAGUGCAACAUAACUGGAUCCAUGGGAGAAAAGCGGAGUUUCCUUCCUCCGGAAGAAGCCUUGCGUGCGUUUGUCCAGCCGUACCUUCUCCCAGCAUCUCCCAGCUCAAGCAACUUAGAGUUUUGUCUCCGACUUCUUCAGUGCGCACUGAGCCAGGAGACCAUGAGUGAUUCAACACAUUGGAUAAUGAGCUGCUCUCCAUUCCCGCUUUUAUAUUGUCUAGCUCAGCUCUUGAAUGAGUGCAAUAGGUGCUGGGACCAGCCCGUAGAGGGUAAGAAACCAAUCUCCAUGGAGUCCAAAGAGCUGCUGUUGUCUGUACUGAACACACUGGGAAAAAUUGUUGGGAAGGAAGUGGCCCAUGCACCUGAUGUUUGGUCCAGGGCUCUCUUUUGGCUCUACAGCAAAGUUGAGGAACUGGAUUGGACUGUGCGUUUUUACUUGAAGGAUGUGUGGGGAAAACAUUUCAAGUAUGAAGUUCCAAGUUCUCUGUUGUCAGUUUGUGAUCUUCCCGAGCAGGAGUGGGCCGGCUUGGACUUGCCUCAGUAUGGACAAGGUACUGGACUUGUAGCAUUGUUAGAAUGCUGCGCUCUGUCAGACUGUGUUCAUGGGGCAAUGUGGGAAUCUCUCUCCCUAAACCUGCUCAAACCAGAUGACGUUAACAUGUUCAGUAAAGGCCUGUUAGUUGCUGCUUGUCAGAUACUCCCGUGGUGCACAUCUGGGGAAUGGGAAAGACUUCUGAAAGUGCUACAAGAACUUUUACAGUCAAGCAAACUCUAUGUGCCAUACUCUUUAGAAUACGUUGAUUUCCUUCCGUUACUUGACCUACGCUCGUUUGCCAUCGAGAUGCGCCUAUCUGUGUUUCUUCUGCGUGUCUUCCAGUUGCUUUGCAGUUCCAGCUGUUCUGAUUGGCUGCCACCUCAAGGCUGGGUGCAUACAGGACGGCUUUACGCCAAUGCAAUGAGGGGAAUUAUCAGCUCAGUCACUGAGAAGAUUCCUCUGCAGUCCACCACGGCAUCCCCCAAAACCUCCGGAGCUUGCAGUCAGGAAGUUCUGUUUGUGUUGACUCAGCUCUUCUGUCACGUGCUCCAUGUGCAGGUGAUGAUACCUGGUCAGCCAGAGGUGCUGUACCUGUGUGCACUAGAGAUUCUGACCCACUAUGAGGCCGUGCUCUCAGCUUAUCCUGACAGCUGCACUGCCAUGCAGGGACUCAACACACGUCACUUCUUCACUACAAUCGCAGAUAAUCUGCAGAGUGCAGAUAUGAAAGCUGUUCUACACCAGAAGAUAACUCAGUUAUGAGAUCACAUUCAAUGCAAUAUCACUGCUCUAUCACAAGUUUAAAUUUGUUUUUGGUUUGUCACAGAAGAAAGUUGAAUAAAAAAUUGUGCAUAGCA